AUGACCUACACCAUCCUGCUCUUCGUCACCCGCAACCCAGCCCUCUCGUCCGAAGAGUUCAAGCACCACUAUGAAACCGUCCACAUCCCCCUCGUCCAGCGCCUCUGCGCCGCCGUCUGGCCCGACAAGUUCACCCGCCAGUAUCUCGCGAGGAUCACUCGAAAAGGAUUCGGGGGCCCAGCCAACCCGGACCGGCCUCCACUUCUGCUGCGGGGCGAUGCGCAGAACAUCGACUAUGACUGCGUUGCUGAAAUGACCUUUGCCAACGAGCACGCCUUUCAGGCCUUCUACAAGAGAGUCUACGAUAAGGAUAUCGCCGCUAAGCUGGCCGAAGACGAGACCAUGUUCCUGGAGCUGGGGAAAACCAGGGUCGUGGUCGUGGGCGAGACGGUAUCGACAGAGCACGGCGUCACGAGAACGGUUAGAAACUCGAUGCGCACCACCUACCCUUCGGACAGUGAAGGCAGCUCUAGCGAGCACAGCUGA